AUGGAUCGAUUGAAGAAGGGAGAGGUCAACCUCGGCACUUCCAUCAUGGCUGUGACAUUCAAGGAUGGAGUCAUUCUGGGAGCCGAUUCCAGAACAACGACGGGCGCCUACAUCGCCAACCGAGUGACAGACAAGCUGACCCGAGUACACGACACCAUCUGGUGCUGCCGAUCCGGCUCGGCCGCCGACACGCAAGCCGUCGCCGACAUUGUACAGUACCAGCUGGGCCUCUUUGCCAUGCACAGCGGCAAGCCCCCGAUGACACAGACGGCGGCGUCCAUCUUCCAAGAGAUUUGCUACGCCAACAAGGACCAAUUAUCAGCUGGUCUGAUUAUUGCGGGUUGGGACGAGCGGUUUGGUGGCCAGGUCUAUUCUAUCCCUCUGGGAGGUUCAUUGCACAAGCAGGCGUACGCAAUCGGCGGCUCAGGUUCGACAUACAUCUACGGAUACUGUGACGCCAACUGGAAGGAGGGCAUGGAGGAGGACGAGGCGGUCGCUUUCGUCAAGGGUGCGCUAAGAGAAGCCAUCAAGUGGGAUGGAAGCUCUGGUGGUGUGAUUCGCAUGGUGGUGUUGACCAAGAAGGGAGCCGACCGACACCUGUACCUACCGGAUACAGACUACAAGGUGCGACAUGAGUAG